CUUUAACAAUCAACCUCAUGACAACAUCCACUGUACCAACAGAAUAGUUUAUGACUCAUCUGCUGUUGAGUUGAGGAUCCUCAGCAGGUAGCCAGAGUAUUAGACAAUCUGUUAUGGUGUACAAUAUUCCAAGGUGUCAAUGUCAUCCUUUGAUGCGGCAGUAUGAGCAAGUUUCGACACCAGGAAAGCGCAAGGUUGUGAAGUGGGCUUUUGACCGCAAAACAACACAGCCUGUCCACUGAUUGUCACCGUAUUACUCGCAAUGCACUUUUGAGCUCCUACCCAAACUCAUUUAAAGAAUGCUCCCCGCCUCUCUCGAUGUUUGAGGAGCGGUGCCGCAGCAACUCCCAACCAUGGCGCCUAUGCACAAGACACCAUUCGUACUGAUCCUCGCAGAGUUAGCCAUUUCGACCACGGCAGUGACUCUCUUUGGUCUCAUGUAUCCAGUCGAAUUCAGAUCGCGACUAUGGGAGAACGGCGGCGAACAAGGAUGGAACUCCAACCCUAAUAAGCGGAUUUACUAUUACGCCAACCAUCAAGAACCACCCGAAGUGCCUCUGAUUUGGAGUCAAAGACUCUACGCCUCGAACCUCGCCAUCGCGAUCCUUGGGUUAGUCGUCUUCAUCGCCCGCACCGCCAUGUCACAUCUUCGAUACCUCCCCCGCUACGUAAAUAACAUCUACGAUACAAUCCUUCUCGUGCUCUGGGCAAUGAGCAUCGCAGAUCAAACGUCGAGCGACUUUACCGAUCCUGAACACCCAAGUCCACAUCCUUGGUACCUAACAAGAGGGUGUUCUGCAGCUUGGGACAAGACUCGAGGGUAUUGUCAAAUCGCACAGGCGAGCUUUGCCAUGUCACUCAUAGCUGCGAUACUAUAUUUUGCGAGGUUGGUACGAGAAGCUAUGUUGAUAGCAUACGAAAGAGGGCAGCGUCACCAGCCGAAGUGGCCUGUCCAGGAUGUUGAAGAGGUGGAAUCGAUGGCGGGUAUAUACAUGGAUGAUGAUGGGGAAUCCGAGGCUGAGUUGAUAACAAAAGAGAGCAGGCAUAGCAUGGCUUUGAGUCCAGUUCUGGCAUUCUUCCCAUCCUCAGACAAUCGUUGGUAGAGAUAGGUUUGCUGGCCCAGUUGGAAACAGGCCAUCAGCCAAGUUUAGGAUAGCACAUUCACAAUACAAGCAUGG